UAAAAUCCAACUCCCAAAAUCCCCUCCCUCCUCAUUGUUCAUCCCCCAAACCCCAAUCCAAGGCCGAAACCAAAGGCAUGGCAAUUUCAUCACCGGCCGCCGCCACCGCCACCGCCGUAACAUCUUCUAAGCUCAGGUACCCACAAGCCUUUCCUUUCCCUCCUACUCACUCCUCAAUCACCUCCGCCAUUUUCUCCUCUAAACUAACACCUGCCCACCUAUCCUCUUCCCUCCUCCCUCCUUUCAUCACCACCGUCUCCACCACCACCUCCGUCUUCACCCGUCGCCGUUCCUCUUUCACCGUCAAAGCUGCCCGUGGUAAAUUCGAGCGCAAAAAGCCCCAUGUCAACAUCGGCACCAUUGGCCAUGUCGACCACGAAACCACCUUGACCGCAGCCCUGACCAUGGCCUUAGCUUCCAUGGGUAACAGUGCCCCCAAAAAGUACGACGAAAUCGACGCCGCCCCUGAAGAGCGCGCCCGUGGUAUCACCAUCAACACCGCCACCGUCGAAUACGAAACCGAGAACCGCCAUUACGCUCACGUGGAUUGCCCCGGGCACGCCGAUUAUGUCAAGAACAUGAUUACCGGAGCUGCCCAAAUGGACGGUGCAAUCUUAGUCGUUUCCGGCGCUGACGGACCCAUGCCCCAAACUAAGGAACACAUCCUGCUGGCUAAACAAGUCGGUGUACCAAACAUGGUUGUGUUUUUGAACAAACAAGACCAGGUUGACGACGAGGAGCUUCUGCAACUUGUGGAAUUGGAGGUGCGUGAAUUGCUUACUAGUUACGAAUUUCCUGGUGAUGAAGUACCUAUUGUUUCUGGCUCUGCACUUUUAGCUUUAGAAGCUUUGAUGGGUAAACCCAGUAUCCCAAGAGGGGAAAACCAAUGGGUUGAUAAGAUUUAUGAACUUAUGGAUGCUGUUGAUAGUUAUAUUCCAGUUCCUCAAAGGCAAACUGAUUUGCCUUUCUUGUUAGCCAUUGAGGAUGUGUUUUCCAUCACUGGACGUGGUACCGUCGCCACCGGUCGUAUCGAGAGAGGUACUAUUAAGGUUGGAGAGACUGUCGACAUUGUUGGAUUGAAAGAAACUAGGAACACCACGGUUACAGGUGUGGAAAUGUUUCAAAAGAUACUAGACGAUGCCAUGGCUGGCGAUAAUGUCGGGUUGUUGCUUAGAGGUGUUCAAAAGGCGGAUAUUCAAAGGGGGAUGGUUUUGGCUAAACCCGGAACAAUCACUCCCCACACGAAGUUCAGUGCCAUUGUCUAUGUGUUGAAGAAGGAAGAGGGUGGUAGGCAUUCUCCCUUCUUUGCAGGUUAUAGGCCUCAGUUUUAUAUGAGAACCACCGAUGUCACUGGAAAGGUGACUGCCAUUAUGAAUGAUAAGGAUGAAGAGUCUAAGAUGGUUAUGCCCGGCGACCGUGUAAAGAUGGUAGUCGAGCUUAUUAUGCCUGUUGCUUGUGAGCAAGGUAUGCGGUUUGCUAUCAGAGAAGGAGGUAAGACGGUCGGAGCCGGUGUUAUACAGUCGAUCAUCCAGUGAUUUUUGGAUAACUUGGCGUUGCAAGAAAUGUUAUUUGCUUUCCACAUUGAUGUCAAAAAACCUUCAUAUGUCAAAUGUUAAAGUCAUGCAAUUAGUUUCA